GGAGCAGCAUUCUCAUUGGCUAGGUGCGGGACGGAUGCAGAGGCUAUUCGUAGUUGCAAGCAGCUAGAUGCUUUGGAGAAGCCGUACUCUGUGUGUGACUCGCAGAGCCUGGAUCUAGAUCUCUGAUCCGGAAGAAAGCCAGAAAGAAUGUUUGGUGUUGUGGUGGUCGGCGUUGGCAGGGCUGGAUCUGUGCGGAUAAGGGAUUUGCAGAGUCCCCAGCUUCCUCCCAGCCCCCUGAAACUGAUUGGAUUUGUAUCCAGGAGAGAACUUGGUAACAUUAAUGAGGUGAAGCAAAUCUCCCUGCAAGAUGCUCUUUCUAGCACAGAAGUUGAUGUCGCCUACAUCUGUAGUGAGAACGUUAGCCACGAGGAGUAUGUCAGGCAGUUUCUCAGUGCUGGCAAACAUGUCCUGGUGGAAUAUCCAAUGACUUUGUCCCUGGCAGCAGCCCAGGAACUCUGGAAGAUGGCAGAGGAGAAAGGAAAAAUCCUACAUGAGGAACACAUUGAGCUCCUGACAGAAGAAUUUGCUUUCUUAAAAAAUGAAGUGGCUGGGAAAAAGUUGUUGAAAGGAACUCUUCAUUUUACAGGUGGUCCUCUUGAGAAAGAACGGUUUGGCUUUCUUGCAUUUAGUAGCAUUGCUCGUCUAUCCUGGCUAGUGAGUCUCUUUGGAGAGCUUGCAGUCAUUUCAGCUACCAUGGAAGAACAGGAGGAGAAAAAAUAUCUGAAAAUGACUGUGAACUUGGAGACUGUGAACAAGAGGCCACUGACUUGGAUUGAAGAAAGAGGCCCUGGCCUGAAACGUGAACGGCAUAUUAAUUUCCUUUUUGAAUCUGGCCUUCUGGAAAGCAUCCCUCCUCCAACUCAAGGAAACAAGAAUAUUUUCCUAAAAGACCAAGAUAUAUUUGUCAAGAAACUUUUGGGCCAAAUGUCCACAGAGGACUUGGCCAAGGAGAAGAAACACAUCCUGCAUUGCAUGAAAAUUGCUGAUGAAAUCCAAAAGUACUGUCAACACUCCAAAAAAGUUGGGCCCCUGGGAGGAGCAGAGGGCACAGUGUAACACCUCCAAGAGUGGAUUUCAGAGUACUUGGCAGUCUUAGAAAAUAAUACCGGAGUGGGAGUGGUGACGUUUAAUUUUUCCCAUUAAAAAGAUUUUCUUAGACAUGC